AUGACAGAAGGACAUCACCUCAUCAUCAUUACAGGAGCAAACAGAGGCUUCGGCGAAAGUGUCGCCAAAACCUACCUCGAGAGCAGCGAAGCCAGCGCCCUCUCCUAUGUCCUCGUGGGACGGAACCAAGAAGGACUCCAAAAGGUCCUCGACACCCUGAAGCAGAUUGGCGCCUCUACCAACGUCACCGUCAAGGGCUUGGUCGUCGCCAAUGUCGACCUUGCCGAUACCCACAAGCUUGACGCCAACCUCACCAGGAUCCAGGAGGCAGCCAAGCAGUUGCGCGACGAGUCCAUUCAAUCCAAGAACAUCAUCACAAAGUCCAUCCUCGUCAACAACGCCGGAUCUCUCGGCGACCUCAGCAAAACCGCAAAAGAGUUCACCUGGCAGGAAACAAGGAAAUACCUCGACUUCAACAUCGUCUCCUUCGUCGGUCUCUGCUCAACGUUCCUGCAGGAUACAUUGGCGGCAUUCCCCAAGGACAGGUACCCAGAACACAAGACCGUGGUGAUUAGCGUAUCAUCCUUGCUGGCCGUUCAGCCCUUCUCCAACUGGGGUCUCUACGCCGCCGGCAAGGCUGCCCGUGAUCGCUUCCUUGGCGUCAUUGCCCUCGAGGAGAAGGGAAACAAUGUAAAGACGUUGAACUACGCCCCAGGACCCCUUGACAAUGAGAUGCAGGCGGACGUUAGAGCCACCCUUGGCGACAAGGAGCAACUGGAGAUCUAUGAUGGUAUGCAUAAGGCUGGUUCACUUGUUAAGAUGGACGAUUCUAGCAGGAAGUUGGUGCUGUUGUUGAAGAAGGAUGAGUUUGAGAGUGGCGGACAUGUUGACUUUUAUGACCUUUGA